UUAACAUACGGUAAGAUACAAUGAUUCAUCAAAAGGUUAGUAAAAACUUUAAUGGGCCUUCCGCAUUCUCAGCCCAUUAUGUACAAAAUGUGAGUGGCGUUUCGAACUAAUGGCACAGUCAAGUUUUUUGGGUUUUCAGGUUUUCAAUCCAGUCUUUUACGUUCACGUAAAUUUAUAAUUGUUUCUAAAUUUUUUUUUUUUUUUUUUGAUUAACCUGGGGUAUCCCAGGUCCAUAGUAAAGAGGCCCGGACUAAUUCCCAAAAGGAAUUGCAGCCCACGGAUAAACCCUCUCUCCGGUUAUUAAAAUUUUGACUUGUACUCAUUUUGCAAUCGGUUUAUACUUUUUUAUAUUCAUAUAAUUUUAUAUAUUACAUCAAAAUAAACAUAAAAUUGAAUAAUUGAAGUACCUAUUUAUGAUUCAAAUAUGUGAAGAAGUGUGUCAUCUGAUCUGUCCACAGAGCUAAAGUAUCAUGAAGACUCUUAUUCAAAGAGAGAGUUUACUCAAGCUUUAAGUUGGCUCGUGCCUUGCACGUGAGCUGAGUUUAUGGAUUAAACUCAAGCGAGGUCAAAGGUGUCUUUAGCUUCAUCUUAUCUUCUUCAUCGUCAUCUUCGACGGAUCCGUAACAGAAUGGAGAGAGCGAAAGCUCGAGACUGAGGUGAGAGAGAGAUUGGGUUGGUGAGAGAUAGAGCUAGAGAGAAGGUUCUCAGUGUAUCUAAGCUCGUUAUCUUGUUCUCCUUCCUCUAUUCUUCUUGUAUCUUGAGUUGAGUUGUAAUCAAGAGAGGAAGGAAGUGAGUGUGGCCUUUGGUGAACUCUGUAAUCAUAUUGAUUAUAGUGGAUUGAGAGACAUGAUUCUCUCCCCAGUGAAGUAUAGCGGCUUCUCCACAUUGGAGAAGUGCGGUGAACACCCGUAAACAAAACCUCUUGUGUUCUUUAUGUUUGCUUGAUUCAAUCUUGAUUAGACUUGCUAGGGUUGUGAUGCGUACUAAUUUGAGUUAGAAUCAAAGGAUAAAUCUUUAACAAAAUAUUUUUUUAGAUUAAUUUUGAUAUUCAGAUUUGUUUUUUCAAGUUGUUUGGUUACCCUUUUGGAUUUGAUUCAGAUAAUAUUCACACCCCAAAACACUGUCAAAUAGGAUCCAUUCACAUAUUUUUUUACCAACAAAAUCGGAUACAAAUUCAGAAUUUUCUGUUUGAAUUCAGUUCAUAUUUAAGCCAGUUCUCAAAAAUAAAAUUCAGAUUCAUAUUUCAAGUCGAGUUAAAUAUGUUGUGGGCUUAAUUAAGACAUAAGUAAGUAUUGGGUAAUUGUUAUCAUAUUUUUCUCAAAGAGAAUAUAUUGCAAACUUAGACAAAUUACACAACCGGCGGUUUAGGGGAACAAAAGCCUCUCAUAAAAGCCGGUACAAAAAUGUUCCUGAAGACAUUUGCUCAAAAAAAGAAAGCCGGAUGAGAUACUAAAUUCAAAACACAUAAACAAAGAUUCUAUAUUCGAUGGCUAAGCUUAAUAAUAACUUACUAUUUUUAAAUGUUAACUUAUGUUAAUGAUAACGUGAACAGAUCGAAUAGAGUUUAAUAUGACUUUUGCCAGUCAAUAAAGUUUGAAGGCAGUGUGAACAGGUUGAAUAGAGGUUAAUCUGUCAACUCACUGAAACAAAUCAGUAACAAAUUAACAAGAAGCAAUGCUAAGAAGAAGCUUAUAAAAAAAACUACCAAACCAAAUUUUCUUUUUGAAGACUUCCCUUCCGCAUGCUCUCCCCCAGAAUUCAGUCGAAAAUGCCAUUAUCACCGAAUCAGUCAAUCUAUAGCAUAUACCUCAAUGGAACGCUCAAGAAAGAAAAAUCGAAGGGAUCACUUGGGUGGAUACUUGAUGCGGUCCGUCAAAUGCCAAAUUUCCAGCAAAUGGAAUCAACUAUGCACAGCCGGAUUGGAGUUGGUUGUGGUAUGCAGAUCUUUGUCAAAACUCUCUCAGGGAGAACCUUAUUCACACUCGAAGUCGAAAGCUCCGACACCGUUGACAGUGUCAAGGAAAAGAUACAGGACAAAGUAGGAAUUCCUCCAGACCAUCUAAGUCUAACCUUUGCCGGUGAGCUGCUCAUUGCUAGCCGCACCUUGGAUUAUUACGACAUCCAUGAUAAAUCAACACUGAUGUUGAUUAGACAUGGUGCCAAGAUCUCUGUCAAUAUUCUGCAAAUGAAAAGGUUCGACUUCGAGUUUGAAGUCUCCGACACGGUUGAUAGUGUCAAGGCAAAGAUACAUGCCGUUGCAGGCAUUCCACCUUACAUGCAAAAACUAUUCUAUAGCGAUGAACUGCUUAAGGGUGACCGUACGUUGGCUGGUGAAUGCGUCGGCGGGGAGAUAACUAUGCACGAGUAUCUUAGAGGUGAUAUGCAUAUUUCAGUCAAAUUUAUGGAAGAGAGAACCUUCACCUUCUAUAACUCCGACCACAUCGACAAUGUCAAGGCAAAGAUACGUGACGAGGUGGGAAUACCUCGUCACCAGCAAACGCUAACCCUUGAAGGUCAAUUGCUCGAGGGUGGCCGUACCUUGGCUGAUUACCGAAUCCGUAUGGACUCAACCCUGGACCUUAGAGAUGGUAGCAUGCAGAUCUAUGUCAAAACCCUGACAGGUAAAGUCUUUCCCCUCUCCGUUGAAAGCUCUAAAACCAUUUACGAUGUCAUGAAAAAGAUAAGUGACGUGGAAGGGAUUCCUUCUUCCAUGCAAAGGUUAAUCUUUAAUGAUCAACAACUACAGUAUGGCCGCACCUUAGGUUAUUACAACGUCCCCAAGGAAUCAACUCUGUUCCUGGUGUUACGGUUCAGAGGUGGUGGUGGUGGUUUUCGUACAACCAUCACUAUCGAGCCAUUGUUGGGAAAAACCCUGAUCCUCAGGAUUGAAUCAGCCAGUAAUCCAAUUACGGAUAUUCCACUCCCUUCGCCGGCUCUCCCUAGUGGAGUCGACACUUUGUCGUCUACAUGGUUGGAAUAUUUGUUGUCAUUUCUGAUCACCAUUAAAGGAUAUUCCGAAAAGUGGGGUCUUCGACUCUCAUGGGUUUUGUUCAGUCGGAUACGGAGGUAGUUAGUGUGUGUGAUCUUAUAAUUUUUCACUGUUAAAUAGAUGACAAUCAUUUGGUUUAUUUCUUAUCUUAUAUAAGAUCGAUCAAUAUGGUUUUCAAAUGUUCAAAAAAAAAAAAUGGUUUUUUUCAUCGAUCAAUAUGAUUUUUGUUAGAACAUGUGGAAUAUUUUCAUCGAUCAAUAUGCUCAAAGUAUUAAUGUGGAAUAUUUUUUUUUAAUAUGUAUAUAUUGACAAUUUAAAAUUUUUGAGCCCCUAUCCCUAAUUAUUUUAAAAAUUUUGGAUUUUUCUUUAAUAUUAUUUUUGUUAAAAAAUGUUAGGGCUCCGGAGUCCACGCCCCUUUGCCAUGUCGUAAGCGGGCCAUGUGCAUAAAUUACACAUGUCGAAUAUAGACCACUGGGACCCUUCUCGACUCCCAUGCAUUGCUCCUUACAUUCUGCACCCUUCUUAGCUUUUCUCAUAU